AGCUUCACAACAAAGCGGCAGUUUGCAUCAACGGUGUUUCCUGAUGACGCCAUGGCGACUAGGACUGAACAACUCCUGAUUGUUGUGUCUAUUCUGGAAGGACGUCACUUCCCGAAGAGUCCUCGUCUCCGCCUGGUGGUUCAGGCGAGCUUUGACGGCGAGCAGCUGGCCACCGACCCGGUGGAGCAUCGGGAGAAUCCUCAGUUCAGCAGCGAGCUGGCGUGGGAGCUGGACCGCCGGACGCUGCACCAGCACAGACUUCAGAAAACUCCCAUCAAGCUCCAGUGCUUCACCCUCGACGCCGUCAGCAAGACACGAGAGGGCGUCGGCUACAUCGUCCUGGACCUGCGCUCGGUACAGGAAGUCAAACAGGAGCCGCGCUGGUAUCCACUGCUCUCCAGCAAGUACUCCAAACAGAGGCCGGCGCUGCUGCUCGCCACGCUGCUGGAGAACGACGCCAAGGCCUCGGAGCCGUCGCCUGAUAGGUUCAAAGCCAGGAAGGCCCCGCCCAGACAAGGUUCUCCUGCAGUCGCUGAGCUGCUUCCAGACAAACUGGAGGCGGAGCUUGUCUCAGACCAGGGCUUCCACCAGGUCGGGCCUGCGGCUCACUGCAGAGACAUGUUCGUCCUGUCCGUCACCGUCGCCUUCGCCACCAAACUGGAGCAGUUGAUCCCCAGCACGAUGAAGCUGUCAGCGGGGGGGUCAGAGUUCUUCUUCUACUAUUCUUUACUGGGCAACGACAUCACCAGCGAGCCGUUCCACAACCUGCUGAGUCCCGACUUCGAGCCGGAGCGCGCCUCCGUGCACAUCCGCAGCAGCAAACAGGUCCUGCAGAGCUUCCUGUCCCAGCAGCCCAGCCUACAGAUCCACCUGUGCUGUGGGAACCACUCCCUGGGCAGCACCGACGUGUCCCUCUCGGCUCUCUCUGUAGUUUCUGUGGAUCUUGAGAACAAGGGAGCGACGAUGGAGGGAGCGUUUGAUCUCAAACCUCCGAAUCGCACCAAAGAGAAACUGCCGUCACUUCCUGCCGACCUGCAGCCGACCGUGGGCGUGGCCGUGACUCUGAGGAGAGAGGAGGCAACACCACAGUCUUUAGGAAAUAAAGAAGGAAGUGGAGCUCGGACAAAGUUCAUCCCUCCUCCCUCGGUUCCUCCUGUUGAACAGAGACCUCGGAGCUCCUCUCCAGUCAGAAACCCCCCCGACUCCCCCCCCCCCGGUCCUCCUCUUCCUCCUGAUGCCUCUCACACAGAGAGCGAGGCCGAGAGUCUGCUGGUCGAGCUUCAACGAGGCCGAGAACAGACCAGAGCGACCGAUGCAGAUGUUCCCGUGCAGCUGCAGAGUCGGACCGAAGCCGCAGCCGAGGGCGGAGCUUCGUCCGUCAGCGUUUCUGCUCCCAAGGUGUCCAUCCCCUCCUCCGCCCAUCACUACUGCUUCUCUCUGGACCUGCGCAGCCUGAGGGGCGUCGGCCUCGUUCACCCCAUCGCUGCUACGCUCAGAUACUCGUACCAGUUCUUCGGCAGCGCAGCUCCCAUCAGGACCAGUCCUCCUGUGGAGCUGCAGAGGAACAUGGAGGUGUCUCUGCCUCAGUCUUACUGCGCCUUCGACUUCGCUGCGUUGCCACAGCAACUGCAGGACACGUUUCUCCGGGUCCCUCUGGUGGUGGAGCUGUGGCACAAGGACCCGUCCAGCAGGGAGCAGCUGAUUGGACGAGCCUCCGUCCAGCUGUCCCAGCUGCUGAGCUCGGACCGGAGCCGCCUGCAGACCACCACCGGAGACCCGAGACCCUGGAGACAGACUCACCAGGACCGAGUCCCCGUGGGGAACACACACCGGCCCUCGGAGAAAGUGGCGGAGUUGAGCUACCUGGCGACUCUGGAAGACCUGGGACUGGUCAAAGCCAGAGAGGUCCUCCUGUCCGACUCGACUCAGGUUGAACUUGAAUCCCCGACACGACCACCCCCCCACCCUGCAGCUCCCAGCCUGCCCCCGGCCCCCGUGGCCCCCCCGGCCCCCAGAGACACCCUGGAGUACCGCACGGCCCUGGAGCUGGAGCUGUGGAAGGAGGAGCAGGAGGAUCUGUUCGAUGAUCAGUUGAAGGAGAAGGAGCUGAGCCACAUGCAGGCGCUGGCCGAGGAGUGGAGGAGGAGGGACAGAGAGAGAGAAGCUCUGGUCAAGAAGAAGGAGGUGGAGUUCAACCUGCUGGAGGAGCAGCUGCAGAAAACUCUGUGUGAUCUGGAGAAAAGAGAGAAACAGUUGUCGGAGGGCGAGCUCCAGACCCAGCGGCUGCAGCGGGACCUGCGAGCGGAGCACGAGCUGAGCCAGAGGGAGCUGCAGGAGGCCGGCCGCAGGCUGCAGCAGGACGCUGACCACCGGGGGGCGCUGGAGAGAGACAAGGAGCGACUGGUGGAGGAGGAGAGAGGGCGGCUGCUGCAGCAGGUUUCAGACGCUGAGGCUCGGUACAAACAGCUGGAGAAAGAAUUCCAUCUGUUCAGAGAACAACAGUACAUGAGGCCUGAGGUCGGCCUCCAGUCAGAGGUCAACCUGCUGAAGCUCGAGAAGGUGGAGCUGGAGAGGAAGCUGGAGUCCACCACCAAGUCCAAGCUUCACUACAAGCAGCAGUGGGGGCGGGCCUUAAAGGAACUGGCCCGGUUCAAACAGCGCGAGCAGGAGAACGCCAUGACGCGUCUGAGGAGGCAGCAGGAGGAGCUGGAGGCCAUGAGGCAGCGUUACCUAGCAACCGAGGAGAAGGAGGUGAUCCGACAGGACAGGCAGGAGCUGGACGGGAUCAGGAACGAGAUCAACAGGUUGAAGCAGCAGGACGACGGAUUAGGCCCCGCCUCCUCCCUGUCAGGCCCCGCCCUGAACGAGAGCGCCGACGAGCACCUGACCCGCCUCCUGGAGGAGAGAGACACGCUGCUGAAGACGGGCGUCUACACCCACGAGGACAAGAUCAUCGUCGAGCUGAACCGACAGAUCCAGGACGCCAUGAGGGGGCGGGGCGGGAACCUCUGAGCGCCGCCGGGCCGGCCAAUCAGAGACAGCCUCAGCUGAGACGCAGCAGGUUUUUAUUUCUGUGAAGAAAAGAAUCGACAUCGUGGAAAGUGAAGUUUCUUCUUCCUCCUCCACGUGAAGUCGGAUGUUACAGAUCGUUACAGGAACUUGAAUCUCAUUCACUUAUUUAAUCUGAAGCGUAAAAAACACUAGUUAUGAAAUUUAUUGAAACUAUUUCUCAGCAUUUUUGUAGAAAAUAAUCGAUUGAGAUGAAAUAUGUUUAUAAGUGAAACUAAUUUGUUUCAUUCAAGGAUGAAAAACGUAAACUUUAAACAAAUGAAUUAUACAAAUAGAAAUGAACUUCAAAAUAUUUUUUCCCUUUGAAUCAUCUCAGUUAAAUAAAAU